UAAGGGGCGGGCUCUCGGUGCAGGGACCUUCUGGUCAGUCAGCGUAUUGCCAGGAAUCAUUGUCCUUGCUCCCUUCGGCUGUUUUCGUUCCCAGUCACAGAUCAAAGCAAGUACAGCGGAGCCUGGUGACCUGUGACAACAGCUUUUCUCGUGGAGGUCUGCUGGAAGCGCCAAACACUUGCAUAAUAUAACGCCUUCCAUGGGCUUGGGACAUACCAAAACACCUUGGAACUGAAGCACCUUUGUAGUGAAGCCUACGUUGUUGAGCGAACUCAUCACAAGUUUGAAAGGAGAAACGAGGUUUGACCGAAGUGCUUAUAUUAUGUUUAAAAUAAAUUGAACAUCGUUCCUUUUUCGUUAUCAAGCUCUCAACACGCGGGCACGAUCAGGAAAUACAUUUUUUGAGAUUGAAGUUAAGAUUCCGGAGUGGUCAUUAUGCAAUGUUGUCCCCCAGUCCAUCAUUUUUACAAAUCAAGUUUGACGAUUUACAAUUCCAUGAAAAUUGCGGUGGAGGAAGCUUCGGUAGUGUUUACCGAGCAACAUGGUCGUCACAAGGCAAAGAGGUGGCUGUCAAGAAAUUGCUAAAAAUAGAAAAAGAGGCAGAAAUUCUCAGUGUUCUCAGCCACAGAAAUAUCAUUCAAUUCUAUGGAGCUGUCUUAGAGUCACCAAACUAUGCCAUCGUCACUGAAUAUGCUCCUGGGGGUUCAUUAUUUGACUAUUUGUCCAGUGAUGAAAGUGAGGAAAUGGAUAUGGAUCAGAUUAUGGCUUGGGCAACUGAUAUUGCCAAAGGUAUGCAUUAUUUACACAUGGAUGCUCCAGUAAAAGUAAUCCACCGGGACCUCAAAUCACGAAAUGUGGUGCUUGCUGCAGACAAAAUUUUAAAGAUAUGUGAUUUUGGUGCUUCAAGGUUUCACUCUCAUACUACACACAUGAGCCUGGUGGGUACCUUCCCAUGGAUGGCACCAGAAGUUAUACAGAGCUUACCUGUGGCUGAGACAUGUGAUACGUAUUCCUAUGGUGUGGUUCUUUGGGAAAUGAUGACACGGGAGAUCCCAUUUAAAGGUUUUGAAGGCUUACAGGUGGCCUGGCUAGUUGUGGAAAAAAAUGAGAGGUUGACCAUUCCAAAGAGCUGUCCUGCCAGUUUUGCAGAAAUAUUGCAUCAGUGUUGGGAAACAGAUCCCAAAAAAAGGCCAAAUUUUAAGCAGAUCUUGGCGUCCCUUGAGGUUAUGUCACAUGACAGCAAACUUCCAGACCAGUGUAACUCCUUUCUGCACAACAAGGCUCAGUGGAGAUGUGAAAUUGAGGCUACUUUGGAAAGGCUAAAGAAACUGGAACGUGAUCUGAGCACAAAAGAACAAGAGUUGAAGGAACGAGAAAGACGCUUGAAAAUGUGGGAGCAAAACCUGCUGGAACAAUCCAGUGCUCCGUUGCUGCCAUCCUUAGAUAUAUAUUCCUGGACAGAGGAAGAUGUGUACUUCUGGGUACAGCAAUUGUUAGAUAAAGGUGACGCAGACUGUGAAAUGAAAGGCUAUGCAGAACUGUUCAGAAAUCACCACAUAACUGGCCGAAGGUUGCUCUUGUUGAAAGAUCAAGAUUUGAAAGACAUAGGAAUCCAGUCCAAAGGACAUAUCAUUCAUUUAAAGACUGAAAUUGAAAAACUGACCCUUGACUACUUGAACCUUUUUCACUUUCCUCCUUUAAUUAAGGGAGAUGAUUCUGAAGAAGAUGAUUUUGGAGAAAAGAUACUGAGCCUUGACCUGCUCUUUGGUUAUCAUUUAAAGCCGGGGAAAGGAUUUCAGGAUUGUAAAUGGAAAAUGUACGUAGAAGUGGAUGGUGACGAUGUUGCAUUGACCUAUAUCAAGGACGUAACUUUCAACGUUAAUAGACAAGACACAGAUGUAGUUAAAAUAACCAAGCCUCCCUACCUAAUGGAGAAGUGGAUUGUGGGAAUAAGUGAGAACCAGACUGUGGAAUGUAUUGUUACCUAUGAGACUGAUGUCAAAACUCCCAAAACAACCAAGCAUCAUCACAUCAUUGCGCUGGAUAAUUUGAUAACCGAAGUUAAGGAGGUGGUGCUAGUUAUCCAGACUGUCUCAGUAAAUUCAGAAAGCAAAUUUCAGAGCAAGUGCCAAUCAAAUAUUCGUCAGCAGUGGUUCAAUGAUUUGAAGUUGCAGAGCAUAUCCUCGAGUGACUCUCCACAAUAUUCUGCAGUUUUACCUCCCAACCAUAGCAAUUCCAGUUCAAUCACAUUACCUCGGUAUUUAUUAUUUGCUAAACAAGACUCUUAUGCUGCUGCUGUGAGAAGAGUACAGAGCCCCAGCAGAUACCAUGUUGCUGCUACUAUGGCUCAAUGCAGACGAAGUUCUAGCCCGAUACCAACAAGCAGUCGCCUUUCUGCUUUGCACCUGAGCCCUGCAGGGAGCAAUGUGUCCAGUGCAAGCUCGAGCUUCAAUAUGGAAAGAGACCAGAUCAGCGGUAGACAAAGCAGUGGCUAUCACAGCAAUGAUUCCAAUGGCUUCUCAUUUAAUAAACUAACCGGUUCAGAAGGAUUAAAUACCAAUGAUAGAAAAGGGGGCAGCCCAGCGUUCACACCUGGUAAUGGAACUUGGAACAGGGUGAAGGGACGUGGUAGGGAAAGGAGCAAAAGCUCACCUCUUGGGCAUAACUUUGGGCACCAGUCGUCAGAAAAGAGAGUUAGUCAGGCAAGUCAUUCUCACCAUGCUAAGUCAUGGGGCCCUGACAGAUGUUUGCAAAAGCGAAUACAAGAGCAAAUAGACAUGGAUAAAAGCACAGUCCCAGAAUUAUCAGAUGUUCAUGCCAAGGGUCCACAAGAAUCAACAGAUGAUAGGCCAGGCAAACCUAAUGAAGGUGAGUGGAUUAAAGUUGAACGUCACAGGAAACCCACAAAAGGUGACUGUUUUAAAGUAUCCAGAGGCAGAGGACGAGGACAAAGAAGGGUUCGCAACUAAUAGUAUUGAAGAAAUACCGAAAAGAUUACUUCUGUAAACAUCAGGAAAAAAAGGCAUUUCUAUUUUCAGUUUUUAUUUGUGUGACUGACAGCUGAUAACUAUGUGCCCUAAUAGAGGGUACAAAAGAUUUAAGUCGCAUUCAAACCUUUCAUUGUACUAAUUUAUAUUAUGUCUAAAUUCAGUAUUACAGUAAUUAAAUGAGCUCAGUAAACUUAUGGAAUACAUAUGCUUGACUGAGGUUUCAAAGGAACAUUAAUCCACUGAUAUUUUAAAAUGUAUAUAUCUGAGGUAGUGAGUACAAGGACAAUCUGUGUUUGAUUGUGCACUGAAUAGGUGACAAUGUGCCACAGAUACUGCUUGACUUGCUGAGUUUGUCCAGUGGUUUGUUUUUCCACUGACGGUCGAUAUGUGUGGAUUAAAUAUUGUGUUCAGAAUGUGUUGUGUACAUGGGACCCUCCUUAUACUGUAUAUGGUAACAAGCACUGCCCCGAUUCUGUGAAUCAGUAUAUAUCUGUUUAUAUUUGCCUCGACUGUUCUUCCUGACUUCCCUGUUAGCUCUAAAUCAAGAAACCAAUGUUUUUUGGCAAAUUACAAUAAGUGAAAUUAUACCUGAAAAAUAUGUACUUAGAACUUUUUAUCAACACAAAACUUCCAUUUGUUUUUAUUUAAUUAUGAAAUUAGAUGUUGUUUUUUCUUAAAAGCAUGCAUUACAGAUUAGUGCUCUUAACAUGUGUUGCAAGAAUAUUAUUUUGGCACUUAACGGCUUCUUAACUUUUCUACAAGUAGGGACUCCCAAGUGCCAUGAAGUAACUGGAACUUCUGGAAACCUCCAUUUUCAUAGGCUGCACAAUAAAAUGUAUUGAAGAUAUGGAUACCACGUUACUUCCUGCCACUAUUUGAUUUCUACAGGAUUAAGGGGAUCAUUAUGUUCCAUUUGCCCCCUUGGAGUUUCAAAGCAUUUCAGUUAGUUUAUAUUUUUUGCAUUUAUUUCUGAAUGCUGUUCUCUGAGUAUCCUCCUCUGACCUCUUCUAGCCCUGUCUUCCUCACCACCAGCCCUGAAAAUUGCUCCACAAACCCAACACAGUGCAACCACAAUUGUAUGCACUCAUUCUCUGGCUUCUCAUUAAAUCGCAUCUGCAGCGUUAUUUAGUCAAUUUCUGACAAUAUUCAGUUAGAGAUAAUGUGGAUAGGUGUUGAUACUGCUGAAAAUAUAUGAAAGAAAGAAAAUUGUUAUUCCAAGUGAGUUUUCAGUUUACAAUAUGCUUCAUGAGUGAAGAUGGCAAGAAAAUGUUCACAUGGCAACUGAACGUACAAAUCUGAAAUGAUUUUUAUAUAUAAUACAUUGCAUAUAAAUAACUCAAUGACUGGAGCAGGUAUUCAAUGUUGAUAAUAUUUUUAUAGAUUGAGAGUCAGUAAGCUUCUAUUUUGUUGUGAAAGGAAUUUGCCCAUGAAGUUGCAAUAUUGUCUUCUUGCUUUUAACAUUCAGCAGAUAACACAUUAAUUUGAGGUACUGAUGCAAGGUCACUAAUCUGAAAUGUUCACUUAUACUCUUUCCAUAGAUAUUGCCUGACUUGCUAAGCAUCUGCAACAUUUCUGUAUUGUUACAUAAAACUGAGAUCCUGUCUGCUUCAGAUGGAUUUAAAUUAUUCCAAGGCACUAUUUAGAGAAAAGCAGGGAAUUCCUAUAAUGUUCCAACCAACACCCAUCUCUCAGCUAACGGGAUAAGGUAAUGUAGUGGUUACCUUCCUGGAUUAGAAAUCUAAUUAUCUACGCUAAUGUUUUGAUAAUGUAAAACUAUAAUCUCACCGUGGGAAAUGGGGAAUUUAAAUUCAGCCAAUCUGAUUGUCAAACUGGCAUUAGUAGCAGGAGUAUGAUCCUGUCAGAUGGAUGUAAACUACCUCUGACUCACCAGCAUCCUUCAGCAAAGAAACCCUGUGGCACUUACCUGCUCCAGCCAUUAUGUGACUUUGGACAGAACAAUAGAAGAGUACAGCACAGCACGGGCCCUUCAGCCUGUGAUGUUGUGCUGACCUUUUAUCCUACUCCAAGAGCAAUCUCAUCCUUCCCUCCUACACAGCCCAUAACCCUCCAAUUUUCUUUCAUCCAUGUGCCUAUCUACGAGUCGUAAAUGUGUCAGCCUCCACCACUAGUCCUGGUGAUGCAUUCAGAACAUCUGUGUAAAAAUACCUAUCUCUGACACAUCCCCUAAACUUUCCUCCAGUCACCUGAAAAGGAUGUCCUCUGAUAUUAGUCAUUUUUACCCUGGGAUAAAGGUGCUGGUUGUCUUAUCUAUGCCUCUCAUAAUCUUGUUCAUCUCUAUCAAGUAGUCUCUCAUCUUCCUUCGCUCCAAAAAGUCCUAGCUUGCUUCACCUUUACCUCAUAAGACCUGCUGUCUAUUCCAGACAGCUUCCUGGUAAAUCUCUGCACCCUUCUCUAAAGCUUCCCCAUCCUUUUGAUAUGUCUGACCUCGCAAAUUAUUUAGCUAGCCUCUCAAUGCGUGAGCAAUUGGGAGAAGGCAAAUAUUGUAAAAGAAUUAGGAAAAAGCUGAUGUCACUAAAAUAUUUAACUGACUGCUUACCUCAGAGAACUCCAUUUGCCUGUAAGGCAUUCCUGUAAACGAUUUGGCUGCCAUGUUUGUCUCCACAACAAUGAAAGCACAAUGAAAAGAAUUAACUGGAUAUGAAACACUUUGAACACAAAAAAUAUCAUACAAAUUUAUUGUAUUUUUCCCUUGUUAAAGGGAUUGCAUAACUAGUCUCUGGAUAGGAAGCUGUGACAUUUUCACCAUGUCACCCAGACUGUAUCCUUGAAUCUACCAACAUUAGACAGAUGAACCUUGAGAUUUCUGAUUGGCCUGCUGUUUGUUAAGUGUUCUAUCUCAGUGUGAAGGGGAGGAAGAGUUGACAUUAUGUAAUUUACAUCUCUUGGAUUGUGUGACUACAAUUCAAAUGGAUUGGCAAUUAUGACAAUUGUGUAUUUAGGUCUGGCUUAUCUCGAGCUUCCCAACAAAGAAUAGAUGUCUCAGUAGCAGUAAUUAGCAGGCAUUUCGUGUGCUGCCGCGUAUAUGUUUUUGAAUAAAUUCUCAAUGCCAAUACUUCUGGCAUUAUGUGUAGAAAUGUACGUGAGAGAUAUGGGUGAUUUUUGUAUGUCGUCUGUCAUUGCAAAUAUAUUUAUACAAGGACCAAUAAAUAGCCUUUUUAAAGGAAAUUCAUUGAUUAGUAAUUGUGUAUGCAUAGUAUGAAAUAUUUUAUUGUAACAGAUUGUGCAGGCUUCAGUUAACUCUUUAAGGAACGUAAUUAUUGUGUGUAUGGGCCAAAAAACUAAUAAGGCACAGGCUAGUGGAAUGGGCAGUUAAAAUGCACUGCAGCGAAAUCUGCAUUCUAUAUUUUUAGUAAGGGUUGAUGCACUUCACUAGGAAAAAGAGAGAUAGGACAGAUGCAAGAACAAGGCACAUCUUUGAAGAUAAACAUCAGAUUAAUGAAGCAGUUGUGGACUUUACUGAAUAGUAUCAUAGAACUAGAAAUUUUAGUAGCCACACAUAUUCAUUGUGCCAGUUAUCCCAGAGCCAUGGGUGAGGGAACAUAAUAUGGGAUAUGCCAUGCCAGUUUCCUGUAUCUUACACAUGGUCCUGCACUAUAGGAACAUGAUAUUUCAGGAAGUUCUCAGGAGAGGAAAGCUUAUCGGUAUGUGGCUGUAGCAAGCUGUACAUAAACUUUAAGUAGUUCUAAACACCAAAUGCUGAAGUUUUAUCUGUCCUUAAUGUUGCAAAAAGCUAGGCCAGGACUUACGGUUGCAUUAAGUUGUACUACCUGACCCUUGUGGAAAAGUUUCUGUAAUAAAGCAUCUUUGACCACAAGUCAUAGAGUGAUCUGCCUGAAAUGCGCUUGAAGCCCUGCAGAAGCAGGUGAUGGUCGAUCCUGUUAAAUGGUUUCUUGAACAUUUUCUAAGGUCAUCUCAUUUCUAGAACUCUUAACUAAAGGACCAAGACCUUGCCCGAUUGGAGAGGAGUCAGGUCCUUCAUGCAAAGCAUCCUACUGCACACGGCACUCAAAGUGGCCGCAGUCAGGAUGAGAUCUACUGGACUGUAUGUUUGCAAAGGAGGUCGGGAAAAGAAUGCAAGUCUCUGUUGAGUUUCCUCCUGAAAUGCUGCAAAACACAGGACUCGGUGCUCAAGAGUUGUUCCCAGAGACAUAGCAUCAAUCUCUGCUGGAACACCAUCACCAGGGAGAAGACGCAUUUUGGUCUCCACAGAACUUGUUUCUCUACCAGUGCAAGGAAUUGUCCACAAUGAAAUGUCAGAGUGGCACAUUCCAACGUACAGGAUUCUCUGCAGAGGGACAGACUGAAGUUUGGUGCAAUCACUGUAAUACUCCUUCAGGGAAAAGCCACAAUAUAGAGUUCUAGCACUAGACACUGAGAAACUGGUCCACAUGUAGUAACAUCUCAAGCAAAUCUCUGCAGGAAUAUUUGGGACUAAAUUAAAAUGUUAUAUUAAUAUAGUGUAACAAUUCUAAAUUAAUGUAAUGAUAUGCUUGUUACGGAGCAAUGGCCUACAUUGUAUAACUACGUUGUAUUGAAUAAAGCAUAUU